GGGUUCGGCCUAAUCAGGCUAUAAAAGAGCGAUCAUUUACCAGCUUCUCACUUUACAUGAAACGCCAAACCGACUUCUUUAAGAAAAGAGAAUUGUAUUACGAAAGAAGGUCCUGGGGCAGGAGUUCAUCUGACAGACAGGUCCAUUGGUGGAGAGACGAGACUGUAGGCCGGCAUACAGAGCCUCUUCAUCAAAGAGAAAGUAGUGUCUUGCUGGCUCCUGCCCCGGGAACUGCUAUAAAAAAUAGGCUGAUUCCGAUGAACAAACACCCCGCUAUGAAUGACGAUUCUAUAGUAAUGGACUCUGCGGUUCCAUCCGUUGAGAGAAACCAUGCUUCUUUACUAAGAGCUGUGAUGAGAAGAAAGAGAGUCAAGAUGAACAGAAAGCGCUUUAAGGCCAGAAGAUUUCUGAAAACAGUGCCUGUCCACACAUCCACUGUUCACUCGGACCUGGAAAUGAGUCCGAUGUCUGACGAAAUCAUGAGCGACACACAGCUGAUUCUGAGGGCCAUUGAGGUGAUUCCUGGGGCAUUCAUCCGUCGAUCAGGCCGCCGUUGGAGAAAAACUACAGCUUUUUCAUCUGAGAGUUCUUCUCCAGAAAACUCUGACCUCGUACUGACUUCUGACCAGAUUUCUCCACAUCUGUCAGGAAUUGAACAGGAGAAGAUGGAUCAAGGCUGUGAAGAUUCUGUUUGCAAAUGCAAAAUCUUGAGUAAUAAACUCAAAUCCUUGAAAUAUCUAAUUAAUCAAAUUACAAAUGCUAAUUAUUGUAAAGAGAAAUUUUAUCUUGAAGAAAAAUAUAAUCACAUUUUUAAUAGGUUUUUAAAAAAAAUUCUUAAAGUUGAUGUUGAUAAAUCAAAUCAGUUUGCUUUUGUGAUUUUUAUAAAAAAAGAUGGCUCAUAUGAUAAGGAUGUUUGGGACAACAAAUCUAAUACCACUGAAAAAUGUCCAGAAGUCUAUAAGCCAAAAGGUACAAAUAAACAUAGUGAAGAUGAUAUAUUUGAUUUACUAAAAGAAAUUCUUAGUAAAAGUGAUUGUCCGUAUAAAGAAGCACUUGAUAUUUUCUUUAAAUAGUCCCUGUUUAGCAAGACCCAACAAUACGUCCUGCAUGGAUCAAGCCAUUGAUAUCUCGCAGAAGAAACUACAUGAAAAGCAUGGAAUGAAAACGAUUAUUGGCUUUUAUAAGCCCUGGGGCAUUUAAUGGCUCAUAUGAAAAGAUUUUACCUUAUAAACUUCUUAAAGUUUGCACUUAUACUUUUGAGUCCCAAACAUUUGAAAGCAAUGCUAUAAGUGUCUCCAGCAAAAAAACAGAAAAUAAAAGAGAAGUUGAUAUGGAAUUAGUAGACCCGAUUUACAACAAAGUAAUUCCAGAUGCACAAAAUGAACCAUUCUUUAUGGACGAUAGUAUAAACAGACCAAAAUGUCAUCUUCAUCCAUUUUUUAAGAAAAUAUUCAACCCUAAAAACAAAGAAAAACUUAAAGGCAUAGUAUUUAAUUUAUUUAGACAUGAAAAAAAUCUACAUAAAACUUUCGAUGAUUUCAAAAAACAUGGUUUAGAAAUGUUUGAGAAAUGUAUGGAAGAAAUAUUGGCUCUUUUAAUUGAUGAUGAUUAUGAUGAUUCAUAUUUAUCUGAUCCUUUAAGUCAUGAUGAUUAUGAUGCAGAUUUAUAUGAAGAAAUCUUCAGAUAUCUGCAGAAUGUUUAUUUUCCCUUGGUGGGCUGAAAAAGUGGAAUGUGCCUCCAGUAAGUUUUUAAAUGAGGAAACCAGUUGUUUUCUACAAGAAAGUGCUGUUUGUCAUUCCCUUUCAGACAUAAAAGACAUUGAACAUUAUUUUGUUAUUGGUUAUAUCAAAAAAUCUGAUGUGAACAUAUAAAUAAAUGUGCAAAUUUGACUCUA